UUUAUUUUUUAUAUAUUGAAAUGUUAUUUUUAUCCCACACAGGAAAAUAUUAAUUAAUUAAAAGUAAAGAAAAGAAAAGUCAGGCCACAUUGUUCUCCGCGUCUUUUCUUUUCAAAAUAUCCCCCAAGGAAGACUCAGUUCAAAAAGCUGAGAAGAGAAAAAGCAAAGAAUUAGGCUUUCUUUGUUAGAGAGAUUAUUCUUUAAAUUGCUCAUUUUAUGGGAUCUGCUUCGAUUGACCCUGCUCUUUUGGAUGAUAUCAUAUGCCGUUUAUUGGAGUUUAAGCUUGCGAGGCCAGGGAAGCAAGUCCAGCUGAUGGAAGGUGAGAUCCGUCAGCUUUGCACCGUUGCAAGAGAAAUCUUUCUUCAACAGCCUAAUCUUCUUGAACUUGAAGCUCCCAUCAAGAUAUGUGGGGACAUUCAUGGGCAGUAUGCUGAUCUUCUGCGGCUUUUUGAAUAUGGGGGUUUUCCUCCAAAUGCUAAUUAUUUAUUCCUCGGAGACUAUGUUGAUCGUGGAAAGCAGAGUCUAGAAACAAUAUGCCUUUUGCUAGCCUAUAAGAUUAAAUAUCCCGAGAACUUCUUUCUUUUGAGAGGGAAUCAUGAAUGUGCCUCUAUUAAUCGGAUUUAUGGAUUUUACGAUGAAUGCAAACGAAGGUUCAACGUGAGACUUUGGAAAACCUUUACUGAUUCUUUUAACUGUCUUCCAGUGGCUGCUGUAAUAGAUGAUAAAAUAUUGUGCAUGCAUGGUGGUCUUUCCCCUGAUCUAACAAACUUAGAUCAAAUUAGGAGUAUAACCCGACCAAUUGAUGUUCCCGAUUCUGGUUUGCUUUGUGAUUUACUUUGGUCAGAUCCUGGUAGGGAUAUCAAAGGCUGGGGUAUGAAUGAUAGAGGAGUCUCGUUCACGUAUGGUGCAGAUAGAGUCUCCGACUUCUUAAUGAAAAAUGAUAUGGACCUUGUUUGCCGUGCCCAUCAGGUUGUUGAAGAUGGAUACGAGUUCUUUGCUGACAGGCAGCUUGUUACUAUAUUUUCCGCUCCCAACUAUUGCGGAGAAUUUGAUAAUGCUGGUGCGAUGAUGAGUGUUGAUGAAAGCCUAAUGUGUUCAUUUCAAAUUCUUAAGCCUGUGGAUAAAAGGUCCAGGUUCAUUUGAGGGACAUAACGACUGCUGUCUCUGUUCCUACGAAGAAUAGCUGAUUCUCACAUGUGAUUUAAGAAGAAAUCUUCAAAGAAUAGGUCAUGUUGGUGUUGGAGAUGCUUGAAGAUCUGACCAUUUCCUCUCCCAUGUCAAAGGGUACAGCUUAUCUGUUCAAACUAUUUAUAACCAUAUGAAAUCAAAAGACAAGGCAUGAUUGACAUAUGGCAUUUGUUUUCCUUCUCCCCUUC